AUUUUUUGGCGAUGAAACUCGGAAUCUAUUGGCUUUUCUACUUUCUAAUUGCAAUUAUAAUCUAUUUUCCUACGAGCAAAUGGUUGCAAUAAUUCUAUAGAAUCAAAUUGAUAGAUGGGGGAGGAAAAAAACGAAAGGAGAGUUCAAGUGGGGACGCAUUGGAUUCAAAUCCGUAGAAGAAGUUGGUUCGAUUAUUAUGCGUCAUAUUUCAAGUAGUCAUAGAAACAUAAUCCCCCCGAUUUCAAUCCUCCAUUGAGACGUUAACGGGACUCGUCGUUCUAUCGAGAGAAUAAAUCACCGAUAAAAAGGCUCAGCUAACGCAAUUGAUGCCCAAGUCUACGUAAGAUCAAUUUAAAGUGAUGGAGCGCAAGAAGCAAAGGGUUGAGAUGGGAGUGGGCUCCUUUCACAAUCCACCACGUGCACAGUACAGCGAGGAGACGCGAAACUUAAUAAAAGUGCUGAUGGAAGAGUCAAAGUUAUCGAUGAUGCAGAGAAAAGCAAUUCAGAGUGCUGUCGACAAGGGAGAGCCCCUGCCAACCCCUUCGGCAACGAUUGCUUCCAAGGAUAAUGGAAAACAGAUUGCUUAUCCCUGUUAUUGGAAGAAGAGGUCCCAGGAAGCGAUUGUCAGCAGUGGAGCUUACGAACGAGAGCAAUAUCGGAGAACCGUUCCGUUAUGUAAUUUCAUGAAUAAGGAUCAGCAGAAGAGACAUCUCGCCUGCAUGAUGGCCUACGGAAAGGACGUGCCAGAGACAUCGCGUGGGCCUAUGUUACGUCAUCGGGCAAGAAGAGAGCCGGAGCUUCUUGAAGGCACCGAUCCACUGGACGAUCUUGUCCAGGGGAUACGAGAGCGCAUGAACUUUCUCCAGGAGAUGGAGUCCCUCGGGCUCAGCAAAAAAUACCGUCCGAUAAUUCAACAAGAAAUUGCCCAGAAAAUUAGAACCAUCGAUGCAAUGGAUAAAAACAAAUCAGCGGACGUUGAGAUGGAGUUGGAGGGAUUGAAAUACGAGAGACCACCGCCUAAACCGUUUCCAGUUGGAGAAUUGGAUGACGAAUGAAUUUUUGUAAUGCUCAUAAAUAAAAUCAACGAGGUAUUGAAAAUUAAUGAAAAAUUA